GGGGUCGGAGGAGGUGGAUCGGCCGGCGGAGAUGGGGCGGGGGAAGAUCGAGAUAAAGCGGAUCGAGAACGCCACCAACAGGCAGGUGACCUACUCCAAGCGCCGGUCGGGGAUCAUGAAGAAGGCGCGGGAGCUCACCGUGCUCUGCGACGCCCAGGUCGCCAUCAUCAUGUUCUCCUCCACCGGCAAGUACCACGAGUUCUGCAGCACCGGCACCGACAUCAAGGGGAUUUUUGACCGCUACCAGCAGGCCAUCGGGACCAGCCUGUGGAUCGAGCAGUAUGAGAAUAUGCAGCGCACGCUGAACCAUCUCAAGGACAUCAACCGGAACCUGCGCACCGAGAUCAGGCAAAGGAUGGGUGAAGAUCUGGACGCGCUGGAGUUCGAGGAGCUGCGCGACCUUGAGCAAAAUGUCGAUGCCGCUCUCAAGGAGGUUCGCCAGAGGAAGUAUCAUGUGAUCACCACGCAGACUGAAACCUACAAGAAGAAGGUGAGACCUUUUCUAAACAAUCAUUAUAAUCUGUUCUCUAUAAAUUGAAGUAGUUUUCUCGUAGCUCGAAAAUUUCAGGCGUACGUUGCCCAAUUUGGUGUACAUGACUGUUCUGGUGCACACAUAUCUCCACAAAACUAGAUCUUUCCCCAAUUCGUUUACCUUGCCUUGUGUCAGCUGCCACUUGUUACAGUUUCUUUAUUUAGCUAGUUCUCCAUGCCACUGUUCGAACACCAUGUGUUCACCAGAUCUCUGUAUUGUACAAUCAUUCGGCCACACAUUAAUUUUGCUUGAGAAAGUCCGUCUAGCUAGAUAUGUAUGACCACUAUUGCACUUCAUGAGCUGCAUCAUAUGCAUGGCGUUACAAAUGAAUCACAUAUUAACCACUCUCAUAACCUAGAUAGCUAGCUAGCUUAGAGCCCCAAACAUACAUCCAUCUCCCAGCCCUUAUAUGGUUGAACAUUCAACCUAGCUAGUGACCGAUGGAAGCAAAGAUCUGACAGACACCUCCACGCCCCAAACAAACACGUUGCAUGCCAAUGUACACGGUGCACUGCCAUGCGUGUCUGCACUUUACACACUCAACCCCCUCACUUCGACAACUCUAGACUCUAGACUCUACAAUUCUAGAUCCAAAUCUUGGCGUAGCUAAUUAGCUAUAGAGCCUUUGGAAAAAUCUCGGUGUAGAGUAUGCAUGUCAUGUGCUUACAUGCAUGCACACACACGUAGACGAACAGCAAUAGAUGCAGUGAUCUGUCUCCUUUUGACAGAAACACAUAAGCUGGAAUUGAGAAAGAGCGAAGGACAAUAAUCUUUGGGCUAUAUCUCUCAUGCACUACACGUAUCUCCUGCUAAGCCUAUGCUAGAUGAUCGAUCAGUAGCUGGCUGCCUAGAGAUGCAUGGGGUGCAUGAGCGUGCAUGGCUGCUUUGUUCGGUCCCCCGGCUAUCUGGGGGUAGCAUGUCAAACACGGAUUUUUAUGGGAUUGCACAGCGCCAUGAUACCCCUUGUAGAUGAGGACCGGCGACGAGGCUUUAUGGUUUGCGGAACUAUAGAAACGAAACCUCUUGGCUUUUUCGAUCUGAAUGAAUGGCAGAGAACUUUCGCCUUUCUUUUGUUUUACGUACUGACAUAUAUAUGAUCCGGUCUUCAGCUUUGCGUAGUCCUGGGUAUAAUGCUUUAUACCAGUCGUCAAUGUGAAGCUAAGAUUGGUUUCAAGAUAUGUUCAUGUUCUAGGUCCGUGUGGCAUUAAUAUAGGCGCUCAGGGAAAGAAUAGUGUGUCUUUUUCUUUUCGAAAAGGAGGUUAAACCCCCGGGCUCUAGAUUGAGCGAUGCACAAAGCAUUCUUAUUGCGAGGUUUUUAAAUCUGUUAUAAAGAUGAUAUGACAAGGAAACAGCCGCAUCCAACAAAUAAAAGCACAUAUGUUUUACUGAUCCCAUGACUAGACUCGCAUUCAAACCGGUUGAACAAACCCCGCAACCAUCUCCAUAUGGUUGCCCCAGUGUUCAGAAGCUCCCGUACUUCUGCUAUUGAAGUAAGGACCACAUACAGAUCUAGUCAGUAGCCCUGCGGAUAAUUGGCAAACAAAAAUUGGAACUCUGACAAUGUUAAACUUAUCUCAACUACAUGAGUUUCUUCUAUGGCCAUUGUGAUUAUAUGGCUGGAUGCUUUUGUAGUUGCGUUGGAUGAACAAUUGCUUAGACAUAUGAGAUCUACAAUGUUAGUCUAAACGAUAAAACAGUUGGUCCUCGCACUAGAUGACACUAAUCUUACAUGAUGGGUACUCCCUCGUUUUUAUUUACUUCGCAUAUUAGCUUUAUCUUGGGUCAAACUUUCUAAACUUUGAUCAAGUUUAUACAAAAAAAAAUUAACAUAAAAAAACCAAGUCAAUACCAUUAGAAUCACCAUUUUCCAACAUAUUUUCAUACGAUAAAUAUUUUUUAUUGUGAAAGUUUAGAUUGUUUUCGAUAAACUUGGUCAAACUUAUAACGCAUUUGACUUAGGUCAAAGCUAAUAUGCAAAGUAAAUAAAAAUGGAGGGGUAUUUGAUGAGUGCAUAUAUAUUCCUUUUCUUCAAUCAUCCAUGUAAAAGCAUCUUGUAAAGUACAUGCACGUAAAACAAAACAAUCUAAUUAAAUUAAAUACAUAUUGUCCCAUCAAAUAUACAUGCAUGUACUUGGUUAGUACUACCUUCGUUAGGUGAUAUAAAUACGCACAAUGUUUUAGUCAAGUUAAGUUUCUGCAACUUUCACUCUGACUAAGCUAUAAAAUGUUAAUCAUGUAAAAUGAAAUCAUUAAAAUGUGUCUACAACAAUAUUCAUGUAAAGAUGGCAGCCAAAAUUUAAAGGUCAUUCCUAUGUACAGAAUGAUGUAUACUUAAUUGUGAAGCGAGUAUAAUGUAUUCCGUAUUUGAGAAAGAUGGUUUCUCUUGCCUUUUUUUUUGUCAACAUUUUUUCUUGUGCACCAGUUCUAGAUCGGAUUCCACUACCAUCAAUAAACAAAAAGGGAAAUCCAGCCUAUAUGUUCUAGUCACCGCCUACUCCUAAAGUCAUAGUAAAGACCAACACUUAAGUUAAUAUGAGAUAAACUGACUACCAUGGCUUAAAUAUAAGUUUAACUUCUGGAAGUUCAUGUAAAUUGAGCAUGAUUGAUGUUCAAGGAGUAUAUUCACAAAAAUCUGCAGCAGGGAACUAGUAACUAAACAAACAAGCUAGCCACACUUGGUAGUUAAAACCGGCGGCCUCCAAUGAAAAUAGAUGACGACCUAGAAUGGGUGUGCUCAAACUUUAACUUCGAGGAUGAAUAUAUAGAAUUAUGAAUCAUAUUGACCAACUGGAAAUACCAUCACUAGAAAUUUCACGGAAUUUUAAUUAACAUGUUGAUAGAAAUGUAACAGUAAUACUUGCACUUUGACACCACAUGCAAGAUCCAAAACAUCAUGUAUUAUUGAGCAGAGGGAAUGGAUAUAUGUGAAGAUAUAUAAAUUAAGGUGUUAUUUCAUCGUGAAACGACUCAUAAUUUUAUGUGCAUGCAAGAUUCCACAAGGUGAAUUUUAAUACUAUUGCAUUACUUCACACCAUGCAUGCACAGAUGUGAAAAUAUUCAAAACAUUUUUUUUGUGUUCUCAAGAAAGAAGGGAUAAACUACAACCUUAUUUCCCAUCCUUCUGAUUUUUAUGUUGCCUUCUGUUUGUUCUUUGUUUGUGGAAUUUCAUGUGUGUUUUGGUCUUGAUGUGUACGUAGAGUAUGUAUGAGUAGAUAAUACACCUCUAAAUUUUCCCUUUUUCUACAAAGUCCUUUUUUGGCUAAGUAUGGAUUAAACCCAAAAAAACCUUGUACAAGUCAUGAAUGUAUCUGAAAGUUUUUUGUUGAGUGAUGAUUGUAUUUGAACUUCCUUUUCUAGGUUCAAUUGUAUAUCAACUUAUUUUCUUUUUCCAGGAAAUUGUAUCUAGACCUAACAAUUAAGUGUAACUAAGUUUGGUGGGAAGUAGAGGUACAAAUCUUACCCGUUGGGCUGGAGUCCUCGAUCUGCUCAUUUUUCUUUUUUGUAGGUUACACUGCCGGUGAUUCUUACAGUUUUCCUUUUUGUAGCUUUUAUUUUGCAUGAUUUGUCUUGUACUUCCUCUGUUUCUAAAUAAAGUCUUUUUAGAUAUUUCAAUACUAACUACAUACGGAUAUACAUAGACAUAUUUUAGAGUGUAGAUUCACUCAUUUUGCUUCGUAUAUAGUCCGGUCCAUAUUCAAAUAUCUAAAGAGACUUAUAUUUAGGGACAGAG